CUGUAAAGCUGCUUCUCAGAAGUACAGAGUUCAGCUCUGCCAAAAUGAAGUACCCAUUCCACCCUCUUCUUGCUUCUCUCAUCCUAAUGUGUGUGUGUGGAGGCAGCAAAGGCCUUGCUGAUCAGCUAAGUAAUAAAAACCUGAGUAUGCCCCUUUUGCCUGCUGACUUCCACAAAGAAAACACGGUGACCAAUGACUGGAUUCAGGAGGGGGAGGAAGAUGACGACUAUCUGGACCUGGAGAAGUUGUUCAGCGAAGAUGAUGACUAUAUUUACAUCAUUGAUGCAGUUUCCCCAACAGACUCAGAACUGAGUGCAGGCAACAUCCUACAGCUUUUCCAAGGCAAGAGCCGAAUUCAGCGUCUUAACAUCCUUAAUGCGAAAUUUGCCUUCAACCUUUAUCGAGGACUGAAGGACCAAGUCAACACUUUCGAUAACAUCUUCAUAGCACCUGUUGGCAUUUCUACUGCCAUGGGGAUGAUUUCCUUAGGCCUGAGAGGAGACACACAUGAACAAGUGCACUCGGUUUUGCAUUUUAAAGACUUUGUUAAUGCUAGCAGCAAGUAUGAGAUCACAACUGUUCACAAUCUAUUCCGCAAGCUAACGCAUCGCCUCUUCAGGAGGAACUUUGGAUACACACUGAGAUCAGUCAAUGACCUUUACAUCCAGAGGCAGUUUCCCAUUCUGGAUGACUUCAAAACUAAGGUGAAAGAGUUCUAUUUUGCUGAGGCCCAGGCAGCUGACUUCUCAGACCCUGCCUUCAUAGCAAAAACAAAUCAUCAUAUUCUGAAGCUCACCAAGGGCUUCAUCAAAGAAGCUCUGGAGAAUAUAGACCCCCAUACUCAGAUGAUGAUUCUAAACUGCAUUUACUUCAAAGGAACCUGGGUGAAUAAAUUCCCAGUGGAAAUGACACAUAAUCACAACUUCCGUCUGAAUGAGAGAGAGGUGGUCAAAGUCUCCAUGAUGCAGACCAAGGGGAACUUCCUUGCGGCAAAUGACCAGGAGCUUGACUGUGAUGUUCUCCAGCUGGAAUAUGUGGGGGGCAUCAGCAUGCUAAUUGUGGUCCCACACAAGCUGUCAGGGAUGAAGACUCUUGAAGCCCAGCUGACACCACAGGUGGUGGAGAGAUGGCAGAAAAGCAUGACAAACAGAACUCGAGAAGUGCUUCUACCUAAAUUCAAGCUGGAGAAGAACUAUAAUCUCGUGGAGGCCCUGAAGUCCAUGGGGAUUACUGAGCUGUUUGACAAAAAUGGCAACAUGUCAGGAAUCUCGGACCAAAGGAUAACCAUUGACUUGUUCAAACACGAAAGCACCAUCACAGUGAAUGAAGAGGGCACUCAAGCUGCUGCUGUGACCACAGUGGGUUUCAUGCCACUGUCCACUCAAGUCCGUUUCACUGUUGACCGCCCCUUUCUGUUCCUGGUGUAUGAACACCGCACCAGCUGCCUGCUCUUCAUGGGAAGAGUGGCCAACCCUACUAGGUCUUAGUGGCAGCAGUCUGGGCACCUGAUGUGUUUUGGGGGUACUCUCUGGUUUUGUUUCUCUUCUAACAAUGAGGACAGAGAUUUUUUUUUUGGCAUCAUGACUUUUGAGGUUUAGGCUGCCAAUCUGAAUUCAUGUAAAGAAUUUGCCAAGGACUGAGAAGCUUGGUUGGAGACAAUUCUGCACAGUAAACAAUGGUGUAAGUCCAGUGGAAUUAGUAUAACUAAUCCAUGGGUCAGAUGUUCUCUAGAUGGUCUGAACAACAGACAGAUUGCUUCACCUUCUCACCUCCUCCUCACAGCAAGCUGAUAAAGUGUGUUUGGACACCUCCUUCCUGGGCAUUGCAAAGGCCCUAUCCUUGCACAUCUGUCUCUAUUCUCAAAGCCUUUCUCAUACAUGUCCCUCAUUUGAACACAGAGCAAGAAAUGACUCACAUGACUAAUUUCUUGCCUCUCCCAAAAGGGUGUCCAACUAAGUCCAGGGCCCUGGGCAUUGGGGCUUAAUUCUCUCAAGGUCUGACCUUACACAUCCAUGUAAUCCAGGACAUUUAGUCCUGCUCCCCAUUUCCUCGCUGCUAUCCAGAGGGCAGCAUAUAUACAUCACUAUUUCUUCCAUUCUAAGAUAAAUAAACAUAGUCAUAUUUGCUGUAUACCUGUUG